AUGCCUCCCGCUACGGCUGUGGCCAGUCUCACCAUGUACACGGUUUUCUGGAAUUACUUUCAGGUCUCCUCCUUGCCGUUGUUUGGAGCCUGGAAGUUGUAUGGUCCAUCGACACAUCGAGGAACGGGUGUCCCCGCGACACGCUCAAUUCUUUUGUGGUUGCUGCCCCCUGCACUCACUCACAUAGCCCCGGCCCUCGUUGAACUAGCAUGUACAAUGUCAGAAACUCCACUGUGGCCUGCGUUUUGUGGACUUAACCCGAGUUCACAGAGGCUAACUCCACGCCAGUGGUCAAUAUACGAGCUGAUUGCCUUUUGGGCUAUUUGA